GUUGUGUACAUGUAUGUUUCUCUACGUGUGAUACGUAGGUUGAAUCGCUUGUUGUUCCGGGCGGUGUAUAUACAGAAAAAACUAUAAUGUUGAUGUCAUGACACGUAAAGUUUCAUGUCGUGUGUAGUAAGGAGCAAUAUAUAGCUCCUCGGUCGUGCUAUAGCUUAUGAGUGUUCGUAAGUGGGUUACGACUGUAGUGUACUAUGUAGGGCAUGCUUUUGAUGUGUACUGUACCGUGUACUCCGUUGACAUAAUUAAGCAAGACAGCUUGAUAGUGCCACACCAUACCUGGUACGGCAUUCAAUCAGUGCCACGGUGGCAUGAAACUUCGGACAAAUCAUAUUAUUAAAAUAAUAGUUUGUCGUCGGACAGGGUAGUACGUCUCGUAUAAGUGGAUAUACGAAUAAAAUUGGAGCACGAUGAGGUUGUCCAUGCGAAAAGUGACAGUACUGUUUAGUGCUGCCUUGUUUGGGACCAUCUGCAUCUUUCUCUACCUGUGCCUGGAGUCUCAGCGAUUAACGGGCUCACACAGUUUAUAUUCGGAUCCGGGCGAUUUCUCAUCGAUGGAGCUGAAAUUAGAGGAAUUGGAACACGAGCUUAUGAAUAAUCAUCACACAAUAAACGAAAUUAAAAAGGCACUCUAUGAAAUAGUCCGUGAAGAUAAUUCCAGUGUCCAGAGGCUACGAACUCUGGUCGACCCGUCGUUCAGCGAUGUGGAAGAUGUCAUUUCCAUGGAUACGGUGAAACAACGGGUGCUCUCGCUCACUGGUGAGGAGUGCUCCUUCGCAGAGAUGCCUGCCCAGAAAAGUGAUGUACAGGUAAGAAUGAUAAUCAGGUGUGGUGGGUGACGAGGGAAGUGUGAUGUACAGGUAAGAGGGAUGU